CUAGCUACGUAUCCACGACCUUGGCAACCUUGCUUAGCUUGUACAUAACCCGGCCGGCCCCCUCUCCCAUGCAUGCCAUCAUCCUUACAAUCCGGCCAUCACAUCCACUCUUGGCCACCAGCCCCGUCUUGAGUCGGUCGACGUCCACCGGCGGCAUAUAUGGCGGCGAGCAAGGGCGCGAGGAAGAGCCUGGUGUCGAGGACCCUGGAGCGGUGCAGGUCCGCGCUGAACAGCGGCGGCCGGUCGUCGGCGGCGGUGGCGCCGGGGUGCUUCUCGGUGUACGUGGGGCCGGAGCGGGAGCGGUUCGAGGUGCGCGCCGACCGCGCCGACCACCCGCUCUUCCGGCGCCUCCUCGACGACGCCGAGCAGGAGUACGGCUACGCGGCGCAGGGGCCCCUCGCCCUGCCCUGCGCCGUCGACGCCUUCCUCGACGUGCUCUGGCACAUGGACCACGACGUUCACGAUGACGACGACGGCGAGGUCGCCGCGGCGCCGUCAUCGCCGAUAUGCGGCCUGCAGCGCGCCGGCAGCGGGAACGGCAAGGUCCGGCCGGCGGGGUACCGGGUGCUCAGCCCGGCCAAGUCCACGUCUCCGUCCUUCUUCUUCUCGCCGACGGCGGCUGGCGGCAGGAGGUGAGCUCUAGGCGCGCAUGACCGGCUUGCAUGCACAACCGAGAGGAAUCUGCGCGCGCAUACACAGAUAGAACAGGUGCUUAAUUUGCAUAUACUUAGACGUAAGUCUCAACCACACACACACAGACGCCUAGCUGAUUUAGAUUGUACUGUAUAUUGUAAAAAGUGAAAGGAAAGAAGAUCUAUUCUGUGCAUGCAUGUAAGCGCGUGUGUUGGAUGUUCUUUGUAUUACCGGUUUCAUGGAAAUGAAAAUUGGAGCUUG